CUGUGCUCCUGAUGGAGCUCCCCUGAUUCGCCCAGACAAUCCCUCACACUUCUGGCAGGUGGCAAAAAGAUACAUUCUGGGAUUUAUUUGUUCAGAGUUUAUUCCUCCCAACCCUCUCUGCAAGAGGGUGCGGCUUGAGGCGUUCUCAGACAACAGUGGGAAGCUGCAGCUCUCCCUGCAGGAGAUCAUAGAAUGGCUGACGGCCAAGGACGAGGAGCUGUCAGAGCAGCUGCCCAUAGGGGGUGACGUGGGGGCCGUCCAACACCAGAGGGAGUUCCACCAGGUAUUCAUGGAGGAUGUCAAGUCUCGGGGGCCGUUCAUCUACUCUGUGCUGGAGUCUGCUCAGGCCUUCUUGGCACAGCACCCCUUCCAGGAGCCCGAGGAGACGCUGCCCGACGGAAAAGAAGUGUCUCCGAGGAAGCGGAUCCUGAACGUGAGUCGUUCAGUGUGGAAGCAGGCCAACGUGGCCAGUGACCUGUGGGAGAAGCUGACUGCCCGCUGCGUGGACCGACACAGGCACAUGGAGCGGACCCUGGAGCGCCUGCUGCAGACCCAGGCAGCCAUGGAGGAGCUGGCGGUGGCCCUAGAACAGGCUGAGGGGGUCCGGGAUGCAUGGGAGCCUGUAGGGGACCUCUUCAUCGACUCACUGCAGGACCACAUCGAUGCCACCAAG